UGCACAAACCUCGUGAAACACAUAGGACGAAUAGUGUCAUCGAAAACAUAUAAAUAGUUAUAAUAAGUUAGAAAGCCUUAGAAAUGGCAGGGAAAGUAGUCGAUGUACAUAUUACAGCAGACAGCAAUUUUCCUUCUUUGAUCAAUCUCAUGAGAUACAAUGUACAAGGUGGACCAACUGUUAGUGGUCUGGACGAUCAUGAUUACCCAAAUUUACAUGGAAUGUCAAUGUGCUUUUCAAAUAUAAAUCAAAUGAAAGUACACAGUAAAAUUUCCUUGCCAUCCGAGAUAAUGGAACACUUCCAUCAUAUGCAAUGUCAUUGUAUGAUGGGUCUUUUCACAGAAUUAUCCAAAGCUUGGCUCACAAUCGACAGUGACAUAUAUGUCUGGUCCUACGAAAAUGAAUCUGACGUAGCGUAUUUUGAUGGAUUAAACGAGACCAUCAUAAGUGUAGGCUUAGUAAAACCCAAACCGGGAGUAUUUCAAUCUUACGUGAAGUACUUACUGAUUCUUACGACUACAGUAGAGAUAACUAUUCUUGGAGUCACGUUAACAGACAUUGGUGAAGGUGUAUCGCCAGAAAUGCAACUUGUUCCCGAACCGAUCUUCACAGUAGCCACGGAUGGCGUUGGUAUUACAACAAUAGCGAACACUAACAGAGGCAGAAUCUUUCUCGGCGGUAGAAACGGUUCUCUUUAUGAAAUAUACUACCAGGCAGAGAGUAGCUGGUUUGGGAAACGUUGUAAAAAGAUAAAUCAUUCCGAAGGCCCAUUGUCAUUUUUGGUUCCGUCGUUUGUCACAAUAGCUUUAUCAGAGGAGGAAGCUAUAAUACAAAUUUCUGUGGAUGAUUCUCGGAACAUCUUGUACACUCUCGGUGACAAAGGAACGAUUAUGGUCUGGGAUAUCGAUAACGAGAGCGCAUCCAAAGUCGCGUCCUUGUCGCAAGCAUCUUUAGUACAGAAUGCUGUUCACGUCGUCAAAACUCUGGACAGUAACAAUUUUCGUCCUCUGGUCAGCAUAUCCGCUAUUACGGAGUCUGAGUCAGUACACUUAAACUUAGUAGUAGUUGCAGCGACUGGGACACGUUUCUACUUCAGCUGCACUUCGGCUGCCGAUCCGUCAACCAGACCUCAAUGUCUCCAGUUAAUACACGUCAGAUUGCCACCUGGUUACGCUGCCAAUGCUACUGUGAUGAGACCUAGAAAAGUGCAAAUGGCACAUCAUAGAAAAAGAACGUUGAUUCUUGUUUGCGGCGGAGACACGGAAAGCGCGUUGUGUUUGAGUAACGAUGCUUACCCGUUCACGAAUUACUUGGCCGAGACACAGAGUCCUUUGUCUCUCGACAGUCCAGUAUGGGCGAUGGCGGAAAUUCUUGUGGAACCUGCUAUAAAAAUCGAGAAGCAGAAUAUCACUCAAGAGGAGCCACCUCUCCUCGUGAGGCAGCACAUGGAGGCUCCUCGAAAAUUUAUAUUUCUAACUUCACAGGGCGCCAUAAUUUAUGUCCAAGUCCGUCCAAUGGACAUCUUAAAGCAACUUCUUUUGGAACAACGUGGUCCAGAUACCGAAGCGGUUAGAGCUUAUUUUCAAUCCCAAUCAUUGGAUCAAGCAUGCGCGACUUGCCUUAUUUUAGCCACGCUCGAAAGCUCUCAGAACGCCGAGCUAGCUGAGUGGGCAACGAGAGCAUUCUUUUUAUACGGUAGCCAGCGAACGACGAGUAUCGGACCGCCGAUCGACAUACAUGGGAAUACAUUCCCGAACAUAAACACAGGAGAUAUACGUACGUCGACGCCAAGAGUACCGAAUUAUGAUUUAAGAUUGCAAGGAUUUCGACAUCACGCACCUGUCGGGCAUAACACAGAGAUAUCUUUGCAACAGUUCUCUGCGAAGCACAAUGGGCUGUAUUUAUACGUAGGAAGAAUACUUCGUCCUCUGUGGAACAUGCGUUGCAUCAAACAAGAGGUUGGAAGCAAUAAAGUUACGCAGAUCUCCAGUACAAUAUCAUCUAGACAACUCAGCUGGAUUUUAAGUCUCCUGCAAGCACUGAGAUCGUUUCUCAACAAAAAUACUCACAUCACUAAACAGCAAGGUGCUAAUAGAUCUAUGACUGACGGAUUCGAGGUGACCAUACCUAAUCAUUAUCAUGAACCACUAGUAGAAGAGAGAAAUUCUUUGGACGCGUUAAAAUUGUUCAUUACUCACGCCUGUGAGGUUUUAGAACUUUGGAAGAUCCUGUGUGAGAAUCACUUGAACAACAUCGUGAAUUGUUUGUCAAAGGACCAAAUAAAUCAAUUUUCUACAGCCACGUUUCGGGAUUUAAUAUUGAUCGGUCAUGAAAUUUCUUCGCUACUUAUCAUUCACCUCAUCGAUAGUUAUCUCGGAGAUAAUGCGUCUGUCGACGCUAUUAGUCAAAGGCUACGAGAAGUCUGCCCGAAUUUAUAUAGAAGCGAGGAUGCAGUCUGUUCUAAGGCCAACGAAAUAAUCUUGAAAGCGAAAAGUUGUACGAAUCCAGAAGAGAAGGAAUGUCACUUGCAGUCUGCCUUAAAGCUGUGCAAGGAGGUUGCCCCUAGAUUAAAUCUAAACGCAGUAUGCCAACAGUUCAUCGCUUGUCAGUUUUACAUAGGUGUAUUUGAGUUGUGUAUCUGUUGCGCGGAACGAGUGGACCCUAACAAUGCUGCACUGCACUAUUAUAAAAAUAACGAACCAAUCGAGGAUCAAGAUGGUCGAUUCGCUUAUAUGAAAAGAUUAGAAGUGUAUAAGGAAUUCAUUACGCUGCUAGACCAUCUCUAUAAUCAAAGCAUAUCAAACCCAUUGACACCUAGCAUUCCUAGUAAACCCGGCCCUCCGCAUCAAAACACUUCGUACGGUCCUGUAACGCCAGCAAAAGAAACAUUGCACGAGAUCAUAGCGGACGCGUUGCAUUCCACGUGUGAAAUUUUGCACGCCUCGGUAUACGCUUGGAUGAUAGAGCGAAGACUCCACGGGGAGCUCAUUGCCCUAGCUCCACCUUCUCUGGAGGCUUACUUGACCCGCGUCAACGCGCCGGAUCUACUCUGGCAAUAUUACGAAAAGAAUAAGAAUCACGCCGCAGCUGCUAAGAUCUUGGACUCUCUAGCGACGAAGGAAUCAAAUAUACCGUUAUCACAAAGAGUUGAAUAUUUAGCUCGGGCCGUGGUAUGUAUGCGAAGCGAUCAAGCUGGAUACGCUCCGUACCUUGGCAUUUUUUUACGUGAACUAGAAGACAAAGUCGAAGUCGCUAGAAUACAACAACAGAUACUGGAUACAAUUUGUAAUCAGCAUCUGACCGAUAGACUCAACGAGGAAGCGUUUAGAGCAUUAAAUUCUUCAUUGUUAGAGAUCACGAAGUUAUACGAGAAAUACGCAGACCCUCUAGAACUAUGGGAAUGUAAACUAGCUAUAAUUCAUUGUUCCGGUCAUCAAGACGCGAUGCUCAUCCAGGAAAUUUGGACAAAUAUCAUAAAUAAUGAAUUGAGGGAUGCGUCGACGGCAGAGGAUAAGAUGGCUAUUUUAAUGAGUAAAAUCAUAUCCCUCGGUCAAGAGUACUCGGUAUCACCGCACUGUUUUCCAGUUGAUUUUCUGAUAAAGCAGUUAGAAAUCAAAGCGUGUAAAUUGAAAGUGUUGAAUACUGGAAUUAUAUCCGGGUUUCUGCAAUUAGGAGUGUCGAUGGAAGAUCUUCUAGAUAUUUACAAAAUGAUCGGCAAAGAUACCCGAACUUGGAUGAACGAAGGAAAUGAAUUUCAUCUCAUAGAAUCGACAACGAACUUAGUUAACUAUUUUAUAUCGCAUUCCAAUAUUUCGAACAGUCUUAUACGGCGGAAGAUAAUAACGAAAUGCCAAGACGUGAUCUCGAAAUGUUUAACUACUCUAUACAACAAAGUCCAUGCACAAGAAUUGAUCACGAAACUGCGAUCGAUUCAAAACGUCCUAGCCCGCAUGUAAGAAUCUAUCAACGCUUCGACUGUUUUUAUAAUGAACCGUUUUAUAAAAUUGUAUAAAUUGACAUUCAACUUGUAUCACGGGUAAGAUGUUAUCAAAGAAUAAUGUAAAUACGAGACCUGAAGUGCUCAAACAUUUUUUAGAGAUAUCGUCUCUUUUCGUAAUAAAAAGUGUGCUGAGAUUGCGAUCUUUUUCAUUUAUGUGAUAACAAUAAAAUUCGAAAUACUUUACGUCUAGCGCAACGAUUCUCUAUCCACCGUUACGAGUCCCAUAAAA